AUGGCAACACGGCAAACGGCCAAGACGACCUUCGAGGUCGACAAUGUCAUCCAGCCCAUCUUCACAGGCGGAUCCGUGGCCCUCGAGAAUGGCGCGCGCAUCCUGGCCUCAACGCUAGGCGAAUCCGCUGUCUUGACCGAGCUGACGACGGGGAAGCGCCUUGCCGAGAUCGAGGGUGACGGCGAGCCCAUCUCGACCCUCACGAUCACCCCGGCGGCGUCGCAUCUGAUUGUCUGCUCGCGGUCGCUGACGAUGCGCAUCUAUGCCCUCAAAGUCGCGCCGGACUUCGAGUCUGUCGAGGCCACUCUCGUGCGAACCUCGAAACCCCACGCCACGCCCGUCGUCGUCCUCGCUGUCGACCGAACUAGCACACUACUCGCUACGGGCGCGGCAGAUGGUGCGAUCAAGAUCUGGGAUAUUGUUGGGGGAUACGUCACCCACACCGUCAGCGGCCAGAGCGUGCUGGUCUCGGCGCUGCACUUCUUCGAGAUUGCCGCUACCGCGGCCGACGGCUCGUCGUCAGACCGCAGGUCAAAAAAGGGGUCACGCAAGAGCAAUAGCAACAACCAGGACGAUUCAAAUCAAAACGGCGACGUGGCCUCCCGCUUCCGCCUCGCCUGGGGCACGCAAGACGGCCGGAUCCGCAUCUUCGAUCUGCAGAAACGCACGACCGUGCCCGUCUACGCCGACACGAAGCGCAAGAAAGAGGCCCACGAGUCUAACGUCCAGAGCAUCGAGUACUGCCCCGAACAGCACGCCCUGCUGAGCGGCAGCCGAGACAAGACCAUGACCCUGUGGCUCUGGCGCGACGGUGGCUGGCAGGGGACCCCCAUGCUCCGCCACGAGCUGGUCGAGUCGGUUGGGUUUCUGCGUGAGGGCCGAUGGAUGUACUCGGCCGGGAGCAGCGGGCUGCUGCGGAUCUGGGAUACGACGACUCACCAUGAGAUUACUGCGAAACAAGACGCCAAGUCGGAGGCGGAAGCGAUUUUGUCGGCUGUCUCGUUGCCUGGCAAGUCGCUUGUGCUUUGCGCCCAAUCUGAUUUCACCCUCGCCAUGUACCGUGUGCCGUCCCCGUCUGAGAUCACAUCGAGUGAGGGGCUGCCUAUGGAGCCGUUCCGGCGGAUUUCAGGCACUCACGACGAGAUUUUAGACUUUGCUUAUGUGUUGCCCGACCAAUCCCUCAUGGCGCUGGCCACAAACUCGGAGGAUAUCCGGCUUGUGUCUGUGGCUGAUACAGGGGCGGAACCAAGUGGCGAGAAGGCAGAAGGGCAAGAGCGAGAGGAAGGGGAAGGUGUUGGGUAUUUCGGGCAUGAUGUUGCGUUGCUACGAGGCCACGAGGACAUCGUCAUGUCCCUCGAUGUGGACUGGUCGGGCCAUUGGGUGGCCAGCGGCGCAAAGGACAACACAGUACGCCUGUGGCGCGUCGACCGGGCGAACAACUCGUACACCUGCUAUGCCGUCUUCACCGGCCAUCUGGAGUCUGUCGGCGCGGUCGCUCUCCCCAAGGUGGUACCCCCCGAGGGCUCCGAGGCUUUCACCAACCCGCUCGACCACCCGCCAGCCUUCCUCGUCUCCGGCUCGCAGGAUCGGUUCGUGCAGAAACGGGAUAUUCCACGCCAGUCGCAACAGUCCAAGGUGUCGGCAAGCUUGAAAAGGUUAGCGCAUGAAAAGGAUAUCAACGCGUUAGAUGUUAGCCCGACCGGGCGGCUGUUCGCAUCGGCGUCGCAAGACAAGACGGUCAAGAUCUGGGACGUUGAGCGGCUCGAGGUCCAGGGUAUCCUCAAGGGCCACAAGCGAGGUGUUUGGACAGUUCGGUUUGCCCCUCUCCACACGCCCGCAAUCCAGGGUGAGCAAGGGUCUGGAUCCGUGUCCGGCAAGGGCGUCAUCUUGACUGGAAGUGGUGACAAGACGAUCAAGCUCUGGAAUCUCUCCGACUACACCUGCCUGCGGACCUUCGAGGGCCACUCCCACAACGUGCUCAAGGUCGUCUGGCUACACAUCCCGACCGACGAGUCGUCAUCCAAGAAGCGAAUCCAGUUCGCAAGCGCAGGCGCUGAUAGCCUGGUGAAAGUCUGGGACGCCAACCUAGGCGAGACCGAGUGCACGCUCGACAACCACGAAGACCGACUCUGGACCCUGGCCGUGCACCCCAAAACCAACACCCUCGUCUCCGGCGGCAGCGACUCCAAAGUCACCUUCUGGAAAGACACCACCACCGAAACCCAAGCCGCCGCCACCACCGCCGCCCUCAAACUCGUCGAGCAAGAACAAGAACUCCAAAACUACAUGCACGUCGGCGCCUACCGCGACGCCAUCGUCCUCGCCCUCCAACUCAACCACCCAGGCCGCCUCCUCAACCUCUUCACCAGCGUCGUGACCACCACCAACCCCGAACCCGACAGCCUCACGGGCGUGCGCGCCGUCGACGACGUCCUCGCCUCACUCUCCGACGAGCAGCUCUUCAUCCUGCUUUUACGUCUCCGCGACUGGAACACCAACGCGCGCACGGCGCCUGUCGCGCAGCGCGUGCUGUCGGCCCUGGUGCGCAGUUAUCCGGCCGGGAAGUUCUCGACCUUGUCGGUCAAGGGGGCGCGCGGGCAGAAGAGUUUGGCAGAGGUGUUGAAUGCGUUGAGGGUGUAUACCGAGAGGCAUUAUAAGCGGGUGGAGGAACUGGUGGAUGAGAGUUAUUUGGUGGAGUAUACGUUGCAGGAGAUGGAUGCAUUGGCACCCUCAAAUGUUGCAGGGUUGGUUAUGGAGGAUGGGGAGGAUGCGGUUAUGGCUGGGGCGAUCACGGAAAUGUCUAAACGCCAGGCCUCCGAGGCCCUCGAGGACCUGUCGGGCGACUCGCCCGCUUCCAAAAGGUCGAGAUUCGACGACUACAACAAGAGCCUGACUCCCGGGAGCGUAUCGACGGAGAAUGGAGAGGGGGAGACGACGAUAUUAGCUCUGCGUAAUGGGACGGCGAGGAAUCACGAGGGCGAGGAACAGGAGGAGGAAGACGACGACGACGACGUACCCGAAGAAAAAGCCCCCAUCCGACAGUCCGCGCCAACAGCCGGCUACGACGACCUCUACCUCGACACCAUCGACCGCAACGUGCUUGAUUUCGACUUCGAAAAACUCUGCUCCAUCACCCUCUCCAACAUCAACGUCUACGCCUGCCUAGUCUGCGGCCGCUACUUCCAGGGCCGCGGGCCGAAAUCGCACGCCUACUUCCAUGCCCUCGACGAGGAUCACCACGUGUUCAUCAACAUGGGUACGCAAAAGGUUUAUGUGUUGCCAGAAGGGUACGAGGUGAAGAGCAAGUCGCUGGACGAUAUCAAGUACGUCUCCGACCCGCGCUACACCCGCCAGGAGGUGGCCCAGCUCGACCGCAAGCCGCACGUGUCCUGGACGCUGGGGGGCAAGGAGUACACGCCCGGGUUCGUGGGGAUGAACAACAUUAAGGAGAACGACUACCUGAACGUGGUGGUGCAGGCGCUCUCCCACGUCACGCCGCUGCGCAACUUCUUCCUGCUCGAGGAUUUCAGCACAGCUCCGGAAUUGGUCAAGCGCACCUCCAUCCUCUUCCGCAAGAUCUGGAACCCGCGCGCGUUUAAGUCGCACGUAUCCCCGCACGAGCUCCUCCAAGAAAUCUCUCUGCGCUCCAACAAACGCUUCACACUCACCGCCCAAUCCGACCCUGUUGAAUUCCUCUCCUGGUUCCUCAACCACCUCCACCUGGGCCUCGGCGGCUCCAAAACCAAACCCGGCUCCUCCGCCAUCCAGCGCAUCUUCCAAGGCAAACUCCAAGUCGAAGCCCAAUCCAUCACCGCCCGCGGCGACGGCCUCUCCGACCGCCUCCGCUUCGAAGAAGCCGCCCACGUCGACACCACCUCCGCCCGAUUCCUCUUCCUCACCCUCGACCUGCCCCCGGCCCCUCUUUUCCAAGACGAACAAGAGCGCAACAUCAUCCCCCAAGUACCCCUCACCGCCCUCUUGGCCAAAUACAACGGCGCGACAGCGCAGGAACUCAACGCCCAGCGCCGACGGUACCGCCUGGUCCACCCCCUCCCGCCUUUCCUCCUCCUGCACGUCAAGCGCUUCAGCCAGAAUAAGUUCGUCUCCGAGCGCAACCCGACCAUCGUCACCUUUGACGCGCGCACGGGUCUGGACGUAGCGCCCUACGUCGAACCACCAUCACCACGCACCAUAGACGAUGAAUCAGAAGAGGACGAACCGAUCUGGUACGACCUCGUCGCCAACGUGGUGCACGAAGCUGUGCGGGUGCGGGAAGACGUGGCCGAUAGUGCGGUGGGCGAGGAGCGCAAGACGUGGAAGGUGCAGUUGCGGGAUAAGGCGACGGAUGAGUGGGUGGUGGCGCAGGAUUUGUUUGUGGAUAAGAUUCGGAGUGAGUUGUUGUAUUUGGGGGAGAGUUAUUUGCAGGUUUGGGAGAGGAGGAGGACGACGCCGGGGAAGGGAAAAGGGAAGGCUUAG